UGGGAGCGCGGCGCGGGGCGAGCGCGGAGCGAGCGGCCGCGAUUGUGAGAUGGGGACUGAGCACGUGGAGGUAAUCCCCAAGGAGGAGGCUUCUGAAGACCCCGAGCCACGCGCGGCCACGUCGGAGAAAUUUCCCCAAGUGGUUUGCCAGGGCCGGGAGUUGGGAGCCGCCCGGGCGGAGGACACGGUGGCGAGGCGUUCGGGAGUGUCCGCAGACGGGAGCGCGCAGCGGGCGUCCCCUCGCGGGAAGGGCCUCCCGUCGGGGCCGGCCGUCUGUAAGAGGUCCCCGUCGGGCGAGGAGUCCAGGGACAGCGACGAGAGCGAGCGUGUCCGGGGUCCUGGCCCGCACCCACUGGUGCCCCGGACCGUGCCCUGCUCCAGCCCCGCGGAGAGGGCUGCAGCACCCGGGGCGCAGAGAAGCCCGGUGGGAGGAAAGCCUCACGCGUGCAAAGAGUGUGGGAAGGCCUUCAACCAGAACUCGCACCUCCUGCAGCACCUGCGCGUGCACAGCGGGGAGAAGCCGUUCGGCUGCGAGGAGUGCGGGAAGGCGUUCGGGACUAACUCGAGCCUGCGGCGGCACCUACGCAUCCACGCGGGCGAGAAGCCGUUCGCCUGCGGCGAGUGCGGCAAGGCCUUCAUCCAGAGCUCGCACCUCGUGCACCACCACCGCGUCCACACCGGCGAGCGGCCCUACAAGUGCGGCGAGUGCGGCAAGGCCUUCAGCCAGAACUCGGCGCUCGCCCUGCACCAGCGCAUCCACACGGGCGAGAAGCCGUACGCGUGCGGCGAGUGCGGCAAGACCUUCCGCGUCAGCUCGCAGCUCAUCCAGCACCAGCGCAUCCACACGGACGAGCGCUACCACGAGUGCGGCGAGUGUGGCAAGGCCUUCAAGCACAGCUCGGGCCUCAUCCGCCACCAGAAGAUCCACACCGGCGAGAAGCCCUACCUGUGCGGCCAGUGCGGCAAGGGCUUCGGCCAGAGCUCCGAGCUCAUCCGCCACCAGAGGAUCCACACGGGGGACAAGCCGUACGAGUGCCGCGAGUGCGGCAAGACCUUCGGCCAGAACUCGGAGAUUGUCCGGCACGUCCGCAUCCACACGGGCGAGAAGCCGUACGUGUGCGCGCAGUGCGGGAAGGCCUUCCGGGGCAACUCGGAAUUGCUGCGGCACGAAAGGAUCCACACGGGCGAGAAGCCCUACGAGUGCUUUGAGUGCGGGAAGGCCUUCCGGCGCACCUCCCACCUCGCGGCGCACCAGCGGGUCCACGCCGGGGAGAAGCCCCACCAGUGCGGCGAGUGCGCGAGGACCUUCUGGGACAGCUCGGAGCUGCUCCUCCACCAGAAGACCCACGGCGGCGGGAAGCCGUACGUGUGCGGCGAGUGCCAGAGGACCUUCGGCCAGCACUCCCAGCUUGUGCUGCACCAGCGGGUCCACACUGGCGAGAAGCCGUACGCGUGCGGCGAGUGCCAGAAGGCCUUCGGCAGGAGCUCCCACCUGCUCCGGCACCAGAGCGUGCACGGCGCCGACUGAGCGCGCCGAAUGGGGGUCCCUGCCGUGCCCCGCCCGC